AUGAGUGAGGCCAUCACAACACCUCCACAGCCGCUGAGAAUGCGUGCCACAGACGACGCAACAGACAAGUCCCGUCAGAAAAGCUGCCACGCCUGCGUCCGCAGCAAACGCCGCUGCGAUAAGCGGACUCCGCGCUGCACACGAUGCGCCGAGAAGGGGUUCUCCUGUCUUUACGUCAACCUUCCGCCUGCAGCAAGCGCCCGCCAGCGCGCGGCGGCCCAAAUGUCCGAUGCGGCCAUGCCGCCUGCCCUUGACAGCUCACCGACGGAGACGGAGCUCGAUGCCAUGGGGAUGCAGUCCGAUCAUGACUACGACCUUGAUCCCAUGCCAGAGUGCACACCCGGACCCCAAGCCAACAUGGACACAUUGCUCGACGAUGUCAACAUGCUGGGCGAUGCUCCGCUGUCUUUCGACUUGCCAAGUUUUGAUUUUAACAACCUGAUGAACUACAUGACUGUCGAUCAAGAAGGCGGCAGGAUGCAAUUAUGGCACACGCAAGACGCUCCCAAGGCAACGACAGUCCGCCUCGCGACACCGCCGCCUUUGGACCGAACUCCUUACCAUUCCGCCAGCAUCGAAGGCGGUAAGCCGCAAUCCUGUUCUAAUCUUAGUCCCUGGACCAUACACGAGCCAGGUUCUCGCAUCGGCUUCGUGAUUUCUAGUUUCAAGGAUUUCCCCAUCCUGCUCGCCCGCGAGCGCGAAACACCCUUCCUCCAUCGCCACCUCUACCGCGCCCAGACCCCGCGUGCCAUGCUUACCGCAUACUCGGUCGCGACUGCAUACGCUAACCGUACCGACGCCAACAAGGCCUGGGCCUUCCGCCUGCUCUGUGAGGCUGCCGACGAGCUGGUCGGGCGGCCGGGCCGUAGCCAGCCGAAGGAUAAGGGAGUGCCGCAGGUCCCACAAUUAGAAAUGACAGUACCGGCCCAGUUUCUUACACCCAUGGACAAGCUGGCACGCACUCAAGCGCUUCUCAUCUACCAGCAGGUCCGCAUGUUCGAUGGUGAUAUCAGCCUACGCGCGCAGGCGGAGCACGACAUGGGUAAGCUCGAGGACUGGCUUGGCGAUCUCGAGAGGUAUCGCGAUAACCUCGCUGAGCAGUGGCUGCUCGAGGAGAGCACGCUCCGCGAGAGGCCGCCACGGUCUUGGGAACGAUGGAUCUUUGCCGAGUGCGUGCGCCGGACUAUCAUGCUCGGCGCCGCGUUCAUCGCCAUUGUGAGCAUGCUGAAGACGAUAGGCACGGGCGAGUCGCCCGACCCGAGCCAGUUCGCGGCCGUGCACCGGUGGACGUCGUCCAAAUUUCUAUGGGAGGCCGACUCGCCCCUCACCUUUAUGACGGCGUGGCGCGAGAGGCGGCAGUACAUUGUGCAAAACUUCUUCGUCGAGGAGCUGCCCAAGACGAUGAAGGCCGCCGAGUUGGAUAGCAUGACCAGGCUUCUACUGACGUCGUUCAUCGGUGUCGACGAGAUGGAGCAGUGGAUCAGCACCGGCGGGGUCUUCACCGAGAAUAUAGAUCACACAAGAAUGUGA